ACAUUACUGAGGCUGUCAUCAUGGCGGAGUGGUCCUUCCUGUCUGAACUGUUGGACAAGGUGCAGUCACACUCCACUGUCGGGGGGAAGGUCUGGAUGAGUGUUCUUUUCCUCUUCAGAAUCUUCAUCUUAGCUGCCGGCGUUGAUAACAUAUGGGGAGACGAACAAGCAAAAAUGGACUGUAACACCAGAAGCCCUGGCUGCAGGAACGCCUGCUAUGACCGAUCCUUCCCUUUGUCUCACACGCGCUUCUGGGUCCUCCAGAUCCUCAUCGUCUCUACUCCAACACUCGUGUAUCUGGGCCACGUCCUGCUGGUGAUUCGCAGAGAAAACAAGCUUAGGAGAUGCCUGGUGCAGAAACUCUGUAAGAACGGGAUGAUUAAAGCGCCUAAGUAUUCAGAUAUACAUGGCAAAGUACAGCUCAAGGGCAUCCUGCUGGUCAGCUACAUGAUGCAGCUGCUGUUCAAGGUCCUGCUUGAAGUGGGAUUCAUUGUGGGCCAGUACUACGUCUACGGCUUCAUACUUAUGCCUCAUAACAUCUCAUAUUCCGACUACCCCUGUCCGUCACCGGUACUCUGCUUCAUAAGUCGUCCCACAGAGAAAACCAUCUUCAUUGUCUUUAUGUUGGCGAUGGCCGUCCUCUCUGUGAUCCUCAACAUCGUGGAGAUGCUCCACCUGAUGAUCUCAAAGAUGACGAAGAAGAGGAGCAGUGGCUCAGAGAUUUACACUCUCAAUAAACCCGAUCACACUUUAACUGAGGAAGUUACACCUUGUUGAAGGACUGUGACCAGAGUUAGGACCUUUGCUUCAAUGUUGUAGGAUAUAAAUAUUGAGGGCAGUCACAUCCUGUUUUGAAUUGUGUAUCUUGUGUACAGACAGUAAUGCAUCCUAUAUUAGAUUUUUUACUUUAGGCUUUACAUAAAUCUGUUCUGUGGCAGAAUUGAUUGUAUUUGACCCUUUCUAUCAAACAAGUGGAACAUUUAUCUGAUCCAAGAAUAUUAAAUGUGAAGUUGUGCUUGAAUGAAACUUAAACUGACUUCUAAGUUUACAGUCAAACUUUACCAGUAAAUAAACAAAUGUGUUGUGCAUUUUGAAUGUGAA